UUAACGAAGAGGCAUGUCAUGUCAUUCAUCCUCUGAAGAUCACCAAAACUGCGAUAGGAAUAUCAUUUUUUGCUAAAUCACUUAAUUUUUCUGUCAUUUAACCAUUUUGUCUUCAUUGCUGCCAUCCAAACAGAUGCUCUUUGUGGUCAUGAUCAAAAGUUAAAACAACACUCGGUUCCUGGUGGUUCAAGAUUUCUGUGGGAAUACCAACUCCGUUAUUGGCUGUGCUGAUAAUCAAUAACAUAGCCAUGUGUAUACUGAGGUCAUCAGCUGCAGUUUUGUUGGAGUACUGAGAGUAUGAGAUGGAGACAUCAAUGUGAAGUUGCUUAUGAUGAAUCAUCAACUUGGUCAACAUGGGCCCUCAAGUCCUCUCUUUGAUUUGGUCCAACCAGGAUCCAAGAGCCCACUUGAUGCGGACAUCAAGAACACCAGCAAAUUCUUUGAGACAGAUGCCAGGCACAGAGGUCCAGAUUCCUUCCAGUUCCAGUCGCGGAUGCGAACCCGUUCAACGACGGAAAACAGCAGCUGCGUGCCCCACAAUCACGAAGAUACCCUGGGAUCUCGGCAGAUGGAAGUAGCUACCGCACCUCUGUCGGGAAGUCUGCCAAACUCGACGGGAGCUUUCAAGAAAGCUCUCUCAAAAUCCAACUCUCUUGAUAAUCCUGCAGAGAAGGCCUCUCCUGACACCUUGGUGUCAUUCUCAGACGAUGAUGCGGUGAUUUACAGUAGCUCUUCCUUUGAUUCUAUAGAACACCCUAUCACCAAGAACCACAAGCCUCCUGUAACAAGACAAUCAUCAUUUCACAGAGAGUCCCUCCAGGACAAACGAGCCAUUCCAGUACAGGGAAUCCGUAUACAAAGGACUAAGGAUUCCCAGGACAAUCUACUCACGGCAACUGCCAUCUCUUACCUCCUGCUUUGGUAUUUCUUUAGCUUUUGCACACUCUUCCUCAAUAAGUACAUCCUAAGUUCUUUGAAAGGCAACCCAGGAAUGUUGGGUUCAGUACAGAUGAUGAUGACGACAAUCUGUGGCUUCAUCAAGAUGCGCGUGCCCUGCUGUCUUUACCGACAUACAGUGAGGGAUGAGAAGCCACACAAUUUCAAGAGAAAUAUGGUUCUUCUAGGCAUAAUGAGGUUUGCCACCGUAGUAUUAGGUUUAGUAUCGCUGAAACAUAUAGCAGUGUCUUUUACCGAAACAAUAAAGAGCUCCGCCCCUUUCUUCACCGUCGUAUUAGCCAGUGUUGUGCUUCGCGAGAGAACAGGCAUGUGGGUCAAAAUGUCUCUUGUUCCUGUCGUUGGGGGUCUGGCGCUCACGAGCUGCUAUGAGCUCAGCUUCACCAUGAUUGGAUUCUCUGCUGCCAUAGCAACAAAUCUUGUGGACUGCCUCCAGAAUGUAUUUUCAAAGAAACUCCUAAGCAGUAGCAAGUACAAAUAUAGCCCUCCUGAAUUACAAUUCUACACAAGCACUGCAGCUGUUAUACUUCUUAUACCAUCUUGGUAUUUUAUAUUGGAAAUUCCUUUUAAAGAUGGUGCUCCUGACCAUGUUCUUGUCGUGGCAUUGAUAGUUGAUGGAAUCUUCUUUCACCUUCAAAGUAUUACUGCUUAUGCCCUCAUGGGCAGGAUAUCGCCAGUUACUCACAGCGUUGCCAAUACUGUAAAAAGAGCACUCCUCAUAUGGCUCUCCAUCCUGACCUUCGGUAACCCGGUAACCUUGUACAGCGGCAUAGGAACCCUUAUCGUCGUGUUCGGGGUCCUCCUCUACAACAAGGCGCGGGAGCACGAGCAGCUGACGAGGGAAGAGGCGAAAAAUGUCUGGCGCCAGACGCAGGAAGUAGAUUUAUGACAGGGUGACCCAGAGUAGCAAGUAUUGUAGUUAUGAUUAUGUGUUAUAUUGGCACAUUAAUGAUGCCAUUGAAAUUGACCUCCAUUAUUGCCUAUGAAAUUGACAUUGAUAAUUUGGCAGAUGAAAUUGACACUGACAUUGCAAUGUGAAAUUCACAUUGACAUUUUUUUAUGUACAAAAUCAUUAUUCUGUGAUCAUUGAUGAUUAUGGCUUCAUUGCGAUAAAUCCUUGGCAUGGACAUCUGAACUUACUUUUUAUGUGAUGAUUAUUUUCAUUGGGCAGUGACUUUGACACUGUCGUUGACACCAACAUUGUCAUUGUCAUCGUCAAUGACAUUGUGACAAGUGUAUUUUAUAAUGAAUCUGCUUGGUAUUGCUAUAUACAUAGUCAUUGCCAUUGUUAUACAUUCACCAAAUCCAUACCAGUGCCGUUGGUCAGUAUCAUUUCUUAAAAAAUGGCACGUGGCAUCUUUCAGUGGUAUCAUUGAUAUCGUUGGUGUAUAUUUUCAAGACGUUGACACUAUCCAGGGAUGUUUAUACCAUAGAUGUAUACAGUA